CUUCCGGUCGUAUCGUCUUGGUGUAAUUUGCGUCGUCUAAUACGUGACAAAUGUAGAAAGCCUCCCAGAAACGUGGUUAAUUUUUGGUAAACUGAGGUCACACAGCAGCUUUGUUCAAUUUAGACCCAAAUGCAGUUUUGGAAGUGCAUCCAUAUCCCUUUGGCAGUGACCAUAAAUUCUGUAAAAAGAAGAGCAAUUUGAACAGUUCAUUGCAUGCUGGCAAAGCAAUGGAUGAUCUGAUCCCAAGUGAUUUUCAUCAAGGCAGGACCCCACUAGAAAACGGCUUUCAGGAACCAGAAAUCCAUGCUCUAAACCUCAGCAGUAAUUCGGAAGAAUCUGUCAAAGCUGGACCAAUGUAUAUUGAGGAGGAUUCCAUGUCAGAGUCUCAAAAUCAGAGCAUAGCUUUCCUGCCAGUCCAGUCGGACACCAUGUCUUCAUCUGGUAGUACUGAGGAUACAGAGGCUGCAUAUAAGUCUGGCACCAAACCAAAGAAAGUACCUUCUAAGAUCUGUAUGGUGUGUGGAGACAAGGCCCUAGGGCACAACUUUGGAGUGGUGUCAUGUGAGUCCUGCAAAGCUUUCUUCAGAAGGAAUGCAUUUAAGGGAGAAAUCAAGGGGCGGUGCAAUAGUGACUGUGAGGUGACCCCAGAGAGCAGAUCCUACUGCAAGCACUGCAGACUGAGAAAAUGCUUCAAAGCGGGAAUGAAGAAAGAUUUGAUAAUGACCGACCACCAGAAACAGAUCCGCCGAUACAAGAACCGCUCUGUAGGAGAGGAAGACCCAAAAGAGGUAUCAGACACCAUGGAAUUGACCAAGUCUCCCUCAAACCCAAAGGUGCAAACUCGUUUUGUUGGAGAUACACUGACAGAAGAGGACCAUGCCACUCUACAGCAACUUGAUCAUGCUUGCAAAAUCUCUUUUGACCUUCAUAUGGAAAAUGGAAUUCGGCAGCCGACCUCACAAAAAGAAUUUAUAAACAUGGCAGAUAUUUCUGUGAGGCGGCUGAUCAGAAUGGUAAAACAGUUGAAGGCAUUCAUACAAAUCACUCAGGAAGACCAGUUAGCCUUGCUGAAAGAAGCUGUGGUCGAAAUGCUUGUAUUCCGAUCUUGCCUGACUUAUGAUUUAGCCACUGACUCAUGGAAUGUUCCCAAUUCUUCAGGAGAGAAAGUCAAAGUCAAGCGACCCAAAAUGCAUGGGGACAUGAAGGAAAACUACAUAAGAUAUAUGCAUUUUGUCCGUUCAUUCAUGAAGCUGACGGGUAAUGACCGCAAUGUGAACUUAAUCAUGAUGGUAUUAUCGUUGUUUUCACCUGACAGACCAAAUAUUCAAGACAAGUCCCUGAUCUCCAAAGAGCAGGAAUAUUUUGCCAUGUUACUCUCACGUUAUCUCAACACAGUGUUUCCGGGGCAGCUCCUGUUUCCAAAGGUAAUGAUGAAGUUGACAGAGGUGCGUGACAUCAGUGUCGCUCAGUCGAAGGUGAUAUUGCAAAUGGAGGCUAGCGACUUGGAACCCUUGCUUGUAGAGAUUUUUAAUUUGUAGUGCAAACAUUAGAACUAAGAACUUACAUUUAAGUAAUUGCCUCUUUUUAUUGAGAAAAUGAAUGGGAUUUGUGAUUAUUGGAAAAUGAGCUUAAUUUAAGUAGAUAAGUUUAACUUGCAUUGUUUAAAACUGCAUAAGUUUUUAAGGCAUACAAUGCAUGGUGGACCUUUACAUAGCUGCC